UUAUGCUCGAGGGUUAAAAUUGUCUUUUAAGAAACUCUCAAACCAAAAGGGUAAAGAAAUACAAUUAUGUCUCUCUACUACAGAGGAAGCGAGAGAGAGAGAGAGAUCAAGGAUUUGGGUUCAUUCAUUCUCAGUAAUUUACAGAAACAAACUUUUACAAUUUACAAUAUGGCCGAGAGACAUCAAACUGAUCAGCAACUGCAUUCACCGCAUCAAGGUGAAGAUAUGAUUGCUUGUGUAGAGUCAUUAGAAGCUGCCUUGCUUCCAUGCUUGCCUGCUAGGGAGCUGCAAGCAAUAGACCGUUCUCCUCAUCCUUCUCACCAAAUUGACGUGGAGAGACAUGCAAGAGAUUUCAUGGAAGCUGCCAAGAAACUACAAUUGUAUUUUAUUGGACUGCAACAUGAAGAGCUCCCCACAAAAGAAGCAACUCUCCAAAAGGAGAUUGCAGAAAUGGAAGAAGAGAUGAGGACUAAGACACAGCUGAUAAAGAAGCACGAGAAAUUAAUCCUAGGGUGGAGGAAAGAGUUGAAAGACCAGCUUGAUAAACACAUUACAGAGCUGGAAAGAGUUUAACUGUCACCUAUUGAAGCAAAUCCCAUGUUUUGUCCAGAAGUGUUGAUUAUGUGGCAAGGAAGAAAAUGAAAUCUAAGAUUUACUGUUUUUUUCUUUUCUAAAAACAUGGCUAGUUUGGGGUCUAUAGAUUUUAUUUGUGAGCUAACAAUUUCUUCUCCCGAUUAAUUCAAAUGGCUACGGGGUGCCUAAAAUGGAUGAGAAGACCAAUGUAGGCUCGAAUUACCCUAAUACUAAACUCAUAUGAAUAGAAUCCUUUCUAUUUUUAGAAAAAAA